UACAAAAUGUCAGACAUUCUGUCAAAAUUCAAAGUGCCAAAAUGUUUCACCAAACGUCACUAAUCUUAAAAAUUAACUAACUCAAUCUCGAACAAUGAAAUCCGGUGAUGGAAUCACAUUCAGCAAUGCAAUAAAGGUCUAUCAGAUUCGGACCCAAUCACGAACACACACCACAUUAGAAAGAAACAAGAACUACGAAGAAUUUAGAGAUGUCUACAAUUCCGUUUUGUCCAGCAAGAAAAACUAUGUCAAGGAUGUAAAGAAAGUACCAGCGAAACGGACUAAUAUCACAGCUAGACCAGCAAUUGACAUCAAAACAGUCAGGGUUGAGGUUCCUGCAUUUGGUACCGAAAACGCGAUUUUACCACUUAAAGAGCACGUUCCAGUUAAGUCCAGAAGCAGUUUAAAACCCAUUUUGAAGAACAAAGUUUCCAAAGAUGCUUGCGUUGCUACUCAAGACAUCGUCAAGAAACUUAAAGACAUUGAAAAGGAAGUGACCGAGAAGAAAGCGUCUGCUCAUGCUAUAAAACGAUGUCCGACAUCCUUCCUGCAACAAACCCAUCAAGAAUUAGAUGUGGCUGGAAAACAACUAGAGGAAAUUAAGAAUAUGAUGGAGAAGAGACAGGAAGAACAGGAAAAACAAAAACGCCAGCAAGAAAAACAUAAAGCUGGUAAACUUAAAUCUUCCGUCUCUUAUAGACCUAAGAGUAAGACAAGACACGACUGUGUCAGCAAAAAGUAUUUGACGACAAUCUCUAUGAUGAAACAGAAACUGGAGCAGCUGGAAAAGAAAUACUUUGCUAAGCCUAGAGUGGUAUACAAGAGCGUCAACGAUACCUUCACUCAAUCAUCUAACGUCGAAGUGUUGUAUGAGAACGCCCAAUAUCCUGAAGAUACCAAGAUGGACGACGCACUCAAAGGUAUCAUCAAUGAACUGGACGACAUGGUCAACAUGGAUAGAGAAAACGCGGCCAAACCUAGAGAUUUGUCAUUCCAAACACCGCAACAGGAUGAACCGAAACGCGUAGAACACGUAUCUAGGUCACCUGAAAAGAAAAAUUCAAUUUCUAAAUUGAUCGAUACGUCAGAGAACCACUUGAAAAGGUACCAAACCAUGCGUCAAGAGAUCGUCGAUGUGGAAGCGUUCUGUCAGCAAAUCUGUAACUUAUCCAAGGACUCUGAAGUCCAGAUAGAGAGGAAGCCUGAACAGGUAGCUGGAGUGGAAGGAAAACUUACAAGGCAUGAACAAAAGUCAAAAAGUAUGUUCGACGGCACCAACUUGCAGAAUUCAGUGUUGAAAUCGUCUUAUUUGAUGAAGGAGUUUAAGAUCGAGCGCACGGUGAGAAUGACCUCAGAUGCUCAAGCACAAUUGAGGAGCAAGCGUAGAUUUAGGGAUAUGUCCAAGAGGGAGGGAAGUAUUACCGCCCUGAUAAACAGUCUCAACAGUGCUCUAGAAAACUCUAUAUACAGUAAUGCCGAAAUAUGAUUAUGUACCUGUCAAUUGGUGUAAUACAUUUUUGUCAUUCAAUUUUCAUUUUUUUCCGCCAUUGGAG